UUAUUUAAAGAGUAUUUUUCACGUUAUAUCGUUACUGCGUAUCUUGUACUGUGCAAUUAAAUUCAUUUUUAUAUUCUUUAUUCGUGUGUGUGUGUGUUUUAUUAUAAUUUGUUUCUGCAAUUAAAUUUCUAUAUCAAUAAAUAAAUAAAUAAACCAAAAUUCUGUAAAAAAAAAUAGUAUAAUAAUGUUAACGCCUGCAUUUAGUAUAACGCAAACCGAUGAUGAAAUUACAAUUAUUAUUCAUUCACCUUAUGCUGAUAUUAAGGAUACACAGAUAGAAGUUGAUGGAGAUGAUUUUAGAUUUUAUGCUAUUCCAUACUAUCUUAGACUAAAAUUACCUGGAGAAAUAGAAGAGACUUCUACAUCCUCUGGAAGCUAUAAUUGUGAUAAGGGUUGUUUCACUUUAAAAUUUUCUAAAGUAAACAAAGGUGAAUUUUUUCCUAAUUUAGAUAUGAUAACUACACUAUUGUCACAACCGAAACAUAAACAUUCAGUUAGUCCAAAAAUUGAAGUGAUUGGUAAUCCUGCUUAUUUAGAGAAAAUAAAUAGAAAUUUGGAAGAAGGUAAUGAAGAAAAGAAUGACAAUGAAGAGGAUGAUAAAGAAGAGGAUGAUAAAGAAGAGGAUGAUAAAGAAGCAUCUAAUAAAUGGUCUAUUCCUCAGUCAAUACAGCCAAAUUAUAGUUCACACUUAUUGAUAAAUGCUCCUAAGUAUGGAUUUGCAAAUAAAAUUUCUGGCGCGUUAACAUCUUUCGAGCCUUCGUGGAUUAAAGAAGUCAUAGAUUUGCCCGCACCUGAUAACAUUCCUGAAGGAACACGUAAAUAUCUCCGGGAAGCAAUGGAAUCAAAAAACUUCCAAGAAGAUCAUUAUAUGGCUGAUUUUGUGGAGACCGAAUAUGCAGAAUCAUGUAUUUUUUAUACACCACAAUGGAAUAAUUUAAAAAAAGAAGAUAUUAAAUUUGAUAAAAGCGAAAUUGAAAUAUUGAAGGAGUUUCCCAACAAGGAAUAUUUAUUAGAUAAUGAAGAAAUUCAUAUAGUACUUUUAAGUUUAAUCGAUAUUUUAUACGGUAGUUGUUAUAAUCAUAGAACAACAUAUGGUGAAAAUACAGUCGAAAGCGGAUGGACGAUUAACAAGCUAAGCUCAACUUUGUGUUGGUUUCAAACUUUUAACACUAUGGGUGAAGUUAUAAAAGCAUGUAUUAGAAGAUCGCUUUGUUAUCCUUUAAUAAGGAACUGGAAGUUAUCCUUAGAAGUGUUCGAAGAUGUUAAGCAAGUCGUCAAAUUAGGAAAGAAAUUUAUUAUAAAGCAAUUUUGUGAGAUAUAUACUCUAUUUAAUAAUUCUCACGAGCCGCGAUAUUUGUUGAAUCAGUUGUAUAUCAAGGAUUACCUCAUUUGGUUGCAAAAAAUUCCUGAAUCUUUAAUAGAUUCGCUGAUUCCUCUUUUAAACGAUGUACAUCCAAGUAAAGAAAAUAUGAAUUUGGAUUUAGUAGAAUUAGAAACAGCGAUAGAUUGUACUAUAAAAGAAAACGUCGUUAUAGAAAAUAUAAUACACGAUAUAACGGAGCAUGCACAGAAUUUAACCCUAAAUGUUUCAUCAAAGAACAAAGAAGAAUCAUCAUCCGACAACGACACUUCAACUUCCAUCGAUAGUAGUGAUACAGACACAGAUUCAGAAAGUGAUAGUUUUAGCAGUAGUUCCUCUAGCAGUACUAGUGUAGAUUCGGAUGAAAGUGAGAUAGAAUAAAUUUUUUGUAUAUUUAUUAUGAACGUUAUUUUAAUAGGUUCUUCUAUUUUACUUCUCUCUACUUUGAAUUAAUAAUCCUAAUAAUUUCCUAAUAAUAUAGUAAUCCUUAUAAUCUUUAAUAGUUUAAUAUACAUUACCGGACUUAUACAAACUUAUAUUUAUAUUUAUUUUUGAAAGAAAUCUCUGUCUUCAUAAAUACUUUUAUUUUUUAAGUAAAGUAAUAGAAUAAAAUAACGAAUAAAAUAACGAACAAAAUUAAAAAA